GUGGGUAUCGAUGGAAGUCUGACCGGCAUUCUACUUUUCAUUGCUUGCUCGGGCGAUGCUCGGGAUGCGAGGAAGAGAAAUCGUGAUCGUGGACUGGCGGAAUUGAGGUGGCGAGGGGGCCGCUUUGAUGGUCGGCAGCAUGAACUCGCAUCUCGACUCCCUGCUUGUGCGAAUCCAGGAUUCCGCCCCCAGCAAUGCUGCCAUGCUUGAUGGGUCAUCACAACGUGGUCCGUUUCUUCGCAGCAUCGACCAAAUUCGGCGCGCCUCGGACAGGUUUACGGACAGCAUUCCCCGAGCGGGCGAUGGAGCACUUGCGAACGGGAGCACCCUGUCGCGGUUGUCGGACUUGCCAGCAGGCUGUCUGAGGCUCUUGAGGCGGCCAUCUGCCCUGCGCCGCAAGUCAACAAACUUACCUGCAAGGCGAGCACAACCUGAGUGGAACCGCCCACCUUUCAUCACCCCCAUAAGCUGGGCGGAAUCAAUGGAACGACAAUGGCCAGCUUUCUUGAGACCACCUCAGCCGCCCGCCGGUAGACAUGUCAUCGUCCUCGCCCUCCAAUCCGGCGAAUCCUACAAAUUCACACACCGCAGGGCGUCUACUGUUCUUCUCAGUCUUGGAGCUCAUUGAGCACCCCCAUGCUCAUUCACCGAUCACACCAUCAAAGGCUCAACUACACAAGACUCUGGGGCUCAGGCGGCGGCCACGCCCGUCAGCCGGAUCCCGUCCAGUCAUGUUUAGGUACGCAUGUAGCGGGUAUCAUGCCUAUCCAUCAUUCUCGGCAGUCUCAAGCAGAUCUCU